AGCAGCUCCGCGGCCGGAAGUGGUUUUAUAGCGCCGCGGGCCGUGAUGAAGCCGGCGGUGGACGAGAUGUUUCCUGAGGGCGCUGGGCCCUACGUGGACCUGGACGAAGCAGGAGGCAGCACCGGGCUCCUAAUGGACUUGGCCGCCAAUGAAAAGGCAGUUCAUGCAGACUUUUUUAAUGAUUUUGAAGAUCUCUUUGAUGAUGACGAUAUCCAGUGAGGUGCUGUCCAGCUGCUGGCACAGCCACACCUCUGCCAUAGAGCAGUGCGGUGGAUACUCUCCAAGGACAGUCUCAAAUGGCUGCAGAGAACUUGUGGGCAUCACUUGGAAUCGGGCUGGGUAACCAAG